GCCUUAUUGCUUAAAAGCAAUUUAACAGAUCCCACAAUAUCUGUCCAACACAAUGACGAAAAAGGAGGACUCACAGUUGCCCCAAGCGGGUGAUUUUAAGGCCAAGGAAGCAUCAGUCCUCAGUGAACCCCGAAAGUAUAGCUACUUUGAUUUGUUUAGAUACUCAACCACAUGCGAGCGCUGCCUGUUCGUAUGCAGUUUACUGGUGGCCACAGGCGCCUCCUUUUUUAUUCCCUACUUCAUGAUCAUCUAUGGAGAGUUCACAUCCCUGCUCGUGGAUCGUACAGUUGGAGUGGGCACAUCCUCGCCCUCCUUUGCCCUCACCAUGUUCGGUGGUGGCAAGCAAUUAACAAAUGCCAGCAAAGAGGAGAAUAAUCAGGCCAUCAUCGAUGAUGCGACAGCAUUCGGAAUUGGCAGUCUUGUAGGUUCAGUGGCCAUGUUUCUGCUCAUCACACUGGCCAUCGAUCUGGCCAACAGGAUAGCCCUCAACCAGAUCGACCGCAUCCGCAAACUCUUCCUGGAGGCCAUGCUGCGCCAGGAUAUCGCCUGGUACGACACCAGUUCGGGUUCCAAUUUCGCCAGCAAAAUGACAGAAGAUCUGGACAAACUAAAGGAGGGCAUUGGCGAGAAGGUGGUGAUCGUGGUUUUCCUGAUCAUGACCUUUGUGAUCGGUAUUAUUUCGGCCUUCGUCUAUGGAUGGAAGCUCACCCUGGUCGUACUCACUUGUGUGCCCUUCAUCAUCGCAGCCACCAGUGUGGUGGCCCGACUCCAGGGAUCGCUGGCCGAGAAGGAACUGAAGUCCUACUCCGAUGCGGCCAAUGUGGCCGAGGAGGUAUUCAGUGGAAUUCGCACGGUUUUCGCUUUCAGUGGCCAGGAGAAGGAGAACGCUCGCUUUGGCAAACUGCUCAUUCCGGCAGAGAACACGGGACGCAAGAAGGGUCUCUAUUCGGGCCUGGGAAAUGCCCUCUCCUGGCUGAUCAUCUACCUGUGCAUGGCCCUGGCCAUUUGGUAUGGUGUAACCUUGAUCCUGGAUGAGCGUGAUCUGCCCGAUCGCGUUUACACGCCGGCUGUAUUGGUCAUUGUCCUGUUCGCCGUGAUCAUGGGUGCCCAGAAUUUGGGAUUCGCCUCUCCACAUGUGGAGGCCAUUGCCGUGGCCACGGCAGCCGGCCAGACACUGUUCAACAUCAUCGAUCGACCCUCGCAGGUGGAUCCCAUGGACGAGAAGGGCAGCAGGCCGGAAAAUACCGGCGGACACAUUCGCUUCGAGGGCAUACACUUCCGCUAUCCGGCGCGGCCAGAUGUGGAGAUUCUCAAGGGUCUGACCGUCGAUGUGCUUCCGGGCCAGACGGUGGCCUUCGUGGGUGCCUCUGGGUGCGGCAAGAGCACCCUCAUCCAGCUGAUGCAGCGGUUCUACGACCCCGAGGCGGGCAGCGUCAAACUGGACGGACGGGAUAUCCGAACGCUGAACGUGGGCUGGCUGCGCUCCCAGAUCGGAGUGGUGGGCCAGGAACCGGUUCUCUUCGCCACCACCAUUGGCGAGAAUAUCCGAUACGGCAGACCAUCGGCCACUCAGGCCGACAUCGAGAGGGCGGCACGGGCGGCCAACUGCCAUGACUUCAUCAGUCGAUUGCCCAAGGGCUAUGACACCCAGGUGGGCGAGAAGGGAGCCCAAAUCUCGGGUGGCCAGAAGCAGCGCGUUGCCAUUGCCCGGGCCCUGGUGCGUCAGCCACAAGUCCUGCUCCUGGACGAGGCCACCUCCGCUUUGGAUCCCACCUCCGAGAAGCGGGUGCAAAGUGCUUUGGAAUUGGCCAGCCAAGGACCCACCACCCUGGUGGUUGCCCAUCGUUUGUCCACCAUCACCAAUGCCGACAAGAUCGUCUUCCUCAAGGACGGCGUGGUGGCCGAGCAGGGCACCCACGAGGAGCUGAUGGAGCGACGUGGCCUCUACUGCGAACUGGUGAACAUUACGCGGCGCAAGGAGGCCACCGAGGCGGACGAGGCGGGAGCGGUGGGCGUGCGACCGCUGCAGAAGUCGCAGAACCUGUCUGACGAGGAGACCACCGAUGACGAGGACGAUGACGAGGAGGAGGAGGAGGACGGGGAGCCGGAGCUGCAGACUGGCAGCAGCAGGGACAGCGGCUUCAGAGCCAGCACGCGACGCAAGCGUCGCUCGCAGCGUCGCAGCAAAAAGAAGAAGCAAAAGGAAGUGGUGGCAAAAGUGUCCUUUAUGCAGCUAAUGAAACUCAACUCCCCCGAAUGGCGCCUCAUAGUGGUGGGCAGUAUUGCCUCCGUGAUGCAUGGUGCCACCUUCCCCUUGUGGGGUCUCUUCUUCGGUGACUUCUUUGGAAUCCUAUCGAACGGCGACGACGAUGUGGUGCGAUCAGAGGUGUUGAAAAUCUCGAUGAUCUUUGUGGGCAUUGGCUUAAUGGCCGGAUUGGGGAAUAUGCUGCAGACCUACAUGUUCACGGCGGCUGGCGUUAAGAUGACAACGCGCCUGCGGAAACGGGCCUUUGCCACGAUUUUGGGUCAGGACAUUGCCUACUUUGAUGACGAACGGAAUUCGGUGGGAGCACUGUGCUCCCGCCUGGCCAGCGAUUGCUCCAACGUUCAGGGGGCAACUGGAGCUCGUGUGGGCACCAUGCUGCAGGCUGUGGCCACUUUGGUGGUCGGCAUGGUUGUCGGAUUCGUCUUCUCUUGGCAACAAACGCUCCUCACCCUGGUCACCCUGCCGUUGGUCUGUUUGUCUGUCUACUUGGAGGGUCGCUUCAUCAUGAAGAGUGCCCAGAAGGCGAAGGCUUCGAUCGAGGAGGCUUCCCAGGUGGCCGUGGAAGCUAUUACCAAUAUCCGAACGGUCAAUGGUCUUUGCCUAGAGCGUCAGGUCUUGGAUCAGUACGUCCAGCAGAUCGAUCGUGUGGAUGUCGCCUGCCGGCGGAAAGUUCGUUUCCGUGGUCUGGUCUUUGCUCUGGGUCAGGCGGCUCCCUUCCUGGCCUACGGCAUCUCCAUGUACUAUGGCGGCAUUCUGGUGGCAGAGGAGCGAAUGAACUAUGAGGACGUCAUCAAGGUGGCCGAGGCCCUGAUCUUUGGCUCCUGGAUGAUGGGACAGGCCCUGGCCUAUGCCCCCAAUGUAAAUGACGCUAUUCUGUCCGCCGGACGCCUGAUGGAUCUCUUCAAGCACACCUCCAUGCAGCCCAAUCCGCCACAGAAUCCCUACAACACAGUAGAGAAAUCCGAGGGAGACAUUGUCUACGAAAAUGUGGGCUUCGAGUAUCCGACGAGGAAGGGUAAUCCUAUCUUACAAGGCCUCAAUCUCACCAUCAAAAAGUCGACGACGGUGGCUCUGGUGGGUCCUUCCGGCUCCGGCAAGUCCACCUGCGUGCAAAUGUUGCUCCGCUACUACGAUCCUGUUUCGGGAUCCGUGAAUUUAAGCGGAGUGCCCAGCACGGACUUUCCACUUGACACACUGCGAUCCAAGCUGGGUCUGGUUUCCCAGGAACCAGUGCUGUUCGAUCGCACCAUUGCUGAGAACAUAGCUUAUGGCAAUAAUUUCCGGGACGAUGUCACCAUGCAGGAGAUCAUUGAGGCGGCCAAGAAGUCGAAUAUCCAUAACUUUAUCAGUGCUCUGCCCCAAGGAUACGAUACCAGGCUGGGCAAGAGUUCUCAGCUGUCUGGAGGGCAGAAGCAGCGCAUCGCCAUCGCUCGUGCGCUGGUGAGGAACCCAAAGAUCCUUGUCCUGGACGAGGCCACCUCGGCUCUGGACUUGGAGAGCGAGAAGGUGGUGCAACAGGCUCUGGAUGAGGCACGAUCCGGCCGCACCUGUCUAACGAUCGCCCAUCGUCUGACCACGGUGCGAAAUGCGGAUCUCAUAUGCGUGUUGAAACGCGGUGUUGUGGUGGAACACGGCACCCACGACGAGCUGAUGACCCUGAACCGCAUCUACGCCAAUCUCUACCUGAUGCAACAGGUGGCGGGCUAACACAGCGGCAUGGAAGUGAUAAAUUGUAGUCUUUAAUUUAGUAUUUACACUUGGCUAAUAGAAAUUGUAAAAGUAUUACGACAAAAUAGAAUGAAUAUGCCAAAACUACA